AUGGCUUCUCAAAAAGUUGAUAUUUUUGCUGGCUUGGAAUAUAAUUCUUCACGUGCUCAAAAAAAACAAACUAUUAAUGUUUCUCAACAUUCCCAACCUAUUCAAAAUAACCAAUUUUCAAAUACUGAUAUCUUAUUCCAAACACAACCAAAAACUACAACUACUUCUAGUGAUGAUAUCUUCAAUUUGUUAAACUCUCCAACUAAAAAAUCCCCUUCUCCAUCUUCACAGUCUUUUGAUUUUAUUCAACAACCUUCCCCUUCUGGUAAUACCCAAACAAAAAGUCCUUCUUUUGAUUUUGAAAAACAAGCUCCAACUCCUUCAAAAUCUCCUUCAUCUUCUGUAGUAUUUGAUUUCCUUACAAAUACAUCACCUUCAAAUAGUCCUUCUUUUAAUUCUUCUCAAAAACAGUCUUCUUCAACUUCAAAAGUUGAUUCAAAUGACAUAUUUUCUGGUCUUUCUUAUUCCUCAUCAAAGAAACAACACAAUUCAAAUUCUCAAUUACCUUCAAAUACACAUCCAACACCUUCAAAUCCUUCUACAUCAUCUAAUUCUAGUACACCAAUAAAUGGCAGUCUUUUUGAAACUCCUUCUCCAACUACAUCAAAUGACCUUUUUGAUGUGUUAUUAAAAAGUCCUUCUAGUAAAUCACCUGCUCAUGCACCAGAAACGGUAGAUGAAUUACUUACUUCCUCUAACUUAAAUUCAAAUGUUCAUAACCAAAAUGAAGAAUCCACUACACAACCAAUUACCCAAGAAGAAAAGAAAGAUUCUGGAAAUAGUAAUAUAAUGGAUUUCUUUGGAAGUUCUCAACCAACACCAUCUACUCAACAAGAAAAGAAAGGUGAUUUUUUGGAUAAUCUCAUUGGUGGAGAAAAGAAAGAAGAGGAAGAUACAAGCAAAAUCGUUUAUGGCAAACAAGAAAAACUUACUGUUGAUAUGGUUAAUGAAUGGGCUUGUGAAAAAGGAACUAGUCAAAGAAAGAAUAUUCGUUCAUUAUUAAAGAAUUUAGAUGAAAUCUUAUGGAAUGACCAAAAAUGGAGAAAAUUAGGAAUGUCUGACCUGUGUGAUUUUGAGGGUGUACAAAAAUGGUAUAAAAAGGCAGUUAUUUUAAUUCAUCCUGACAAAAAUCAAUUCAGAAGUGCUGACCAAUUAGAAUGUGCUCAAGUUCUUUUUGACCACGUAAGAAUGUCUUAUAACAUUUUUAGAAAGACUGAACGAAAAUAA